AUGCCUUCUCCCUCACCCUCGACCUCUCCAGUGCGACAGUACUCACAACCGAGUCCUUUCCUCCGCCUGCCUCCAGAAUUGCGACUCCAGAUCUAUGGCCUCCUCGUCCUCCCACGAAAAGAAACAGACCUCCUCCCAUCCUGGGCGAAAGUGCACUCCAGCACCCAAGAUUACUUCGACUACGAAGCCAAACGCCAUGGCACCGACCUCCCUCUCAGCGCAAACCUCACCAAUCCAACCCUCAUGAUCCGUACCCUCGACCCAGGAAGCUACCGCCAAAUGAUACCCGCCCACAAACCCAUACCCGUGCGAAGCCAAUACGCCGUCCGCUGCGAUCGCUUCCGUAGCGCCUGUAAGAGCACAACAUACCACUGCAUCAACAACCCUCGACUCGAAGACCACCUCGGACUGCUCCGAGUAAAUAAACAAAUCCACUUCGAAGCCGCAGAAUUGCUCUAUAGCAGCUAUACAUUCGACUUCGACACCCACGUCGAAGCCAUCGUCCCUUUCCUCUCCGACCUCACACCCUUCGCCCGCAGCAGCAUAAAAAGCAUCCGCGUAGUCAAGCGCGCUCUGGCGUACGAAAAAGAGUUUGAUCGCUGCGAAUGGUCAACCGCACUCCGCUACCUCACCUCCACCUCCACCGCCCUCAACCUGCACAAACUCGAACUAGGCAUCGUAGCUGGCCGCCCAGGCACCAACGGCUGGGAUCGCGUGCCCCGCUACAGCGCCGAGUAUUUCCGCGACUGUCAUAUGGAUGGCGAAGAAGGCAUGGAGUGGAUGCAGUAUCUGCUUGAGAUACGAGGACUGCAGGAAUUGGAUGUCAAGGCGGUGGUGGAGCAUUGUCCGCCGGCGACGAACAGUAAUGCUAUGGCCAAGUAUGUGAGGUUUUCGGCAAGUGUCGAGGAUGGGUUUGCACGGUUUUUGAGGGACAAGCUGGUUGUUGUGCCUGUGGUUGCUUGA